UAAUUCUGUACAUUAUAUUUAUUUUCUUCAUUUUAACUUUUUGUUAUAAUUUCCACAGCUUUCUUCAAAAAAUAGAAUAAAAAUAUGAGAUACGGCUUAGUUUCGUCUGGCGGCAGGGGUGGUAAGGCUUGGGAGGACAGUAGUGGCAGCAGUAUCAGCAGCGACAGCGACCACGCGUACGGCAGCAGAGAGCAGAGGCAGAGGCAGAGGCAGAGGCAAAGCGUGCGCCAGAAUAACAACAUCAACACACAAUCCAAGCCACACGAAACCUGUGCGACAGCAGCGUCGGCGGCCACGCUCGCCGAGCCAAGAAGGCCCAAAGCCGACCAGCAGCCGCUGCCCAGUGGCGCAAUCAGACUGCCUACCAGAGACUUUCCUUUGCCAGCAUCGCCAGCAUCCUUUGUGCUCAGCACAUCCAGCGGUGGCGGCGGCGGCGGCGGCAGCGCGGUGACAGUGGCAUCGGCGGCAGCAAAUGCCAAGGGCGACAGGUACCGCGAGUCAGCCGAGCGCGCACACGCAAAGAUAGCGCCCGUGUCCAGCGAUAAAAUCGACAGGGCUAGGGCCGAUGCCUGCCGCAGUUAUGCGCUGCCGAUCCAGGUGGAGUUCAGGCGGACGCAGGAGGCUCUGGCUGCGCUGGCGCUCGAUAUACCACCACCAGCAUCAUCGUCAGCAGCGGCACCAGCUGUGGUGGUUGAUGCGGCGGUGGCAGAGACGCUGCGGCGCGUCCAGCAGCUGCACAGCGACUUUGAGCGGAGGCUGCGCGAGGAGGCUGCGGCAGAGCAGCACAAAAAGGACGAAGCGCAGCGCAAAAAGGACGAGGAGAGGCGCAAGGAGGAGGACGCUGUGCGAGAGGCCGCGGAGAAGGUCAAGAGAGACGCGGCUGAGAAGAAGCAGAAAGAGGAGGCUGCCGAGAAGGCCAGGAGAGACAAGGCGCAGCGCAGCAAGGACGACGCCGCAGAAAAGGCCAAGAGCGACGCGGCCGAGAAGAGUAGGCUGGCCAGCGGCGUGUCGGCCGAGGCGCUGGCGUGGGCGGACAGGUACCGCGCCAUGUACCAGCAGCUCAUGGGCGGGGCGGGCGCGCAGGUCAAGGCCGACAGGGCCGUCAAGGCGUACUGCUUCAAGCAGCGCGGGCUGGUGACGCGCAGCAUUGGGCAGCUCAAGGACAGCGUGGCGUUUGUCACGCGCGUGGCCGCCACGGUUGGCGACGUUUUGGCGGAGGCGUCGCGGCUGCAUGGCGCAGUGGCGCACCAGUGGAUGCUCAACCUGACGGCCAAGGCGCUGGUCAAGCAGGCCGAGAGGGAGGUCGCUGUGGCGCACCAUGCCGCGUACCCGCUGGCGGCCGCGGCCGUGCAGCUGAUGCGGCGAUUCCCGGAUCUCGGCGACCUUCUGCUGGUGCGGCUGGUGAAGAAGUGCCCGUACGUUGUGCCGCAGUACGGCGCGCGCCAGCCGGGCCAGGGCGCCGAGGAGUUCCUGCGCACCAUCGGGUACAAGGAGCGCGACGAUGGCGCGCUGGAGUCCGAGGGCAUUUACAAUGAGCGCAUGGCCGGGAUGCUGGCGCUGUUCGCCGCCGUUGUGCAGACGCCGCCCGAGCCGGGCAAGCCCAGCGUGCUGCCUGUGGCCAUGGCGUGGACCUGGCUGGCGCGCAUGCUUAACAUGCCGCCGCGCACCAUUUCGCCGCUGCUGGUGCACGUGUUUCUGUCUGUGGCCGGCGCUGCGCUGGCCGCCGCGUACGGCCGCCAUUUUGCCUGCGCCAUCGACGUGCUGGCCACCGAGUGGAUCCCGGCCAUUUCGUCCACCGACGCCGUCGCCGUCGCCGCAAAGUCCAAUCUGCAGGGCUUCGUUGACGCGUACCGCCAGACCGGCGUGCUCAACGAGUGCCCUGGCCGGGUGAUCAAGCGCGAUUGAACCAGACCAGACCAGACCAGACCAGACCAGGCCAGUCCAGACCAGACCAGUCCAGUCCAGAUCAGAUCAGACCAGAUCAGAUCAGCCCCCUUUUAUUGUUGCUGCUGCUAGCCUAUUUGGCUCUCUGUUUGUUUUCGUCUUUCUGCUUUCGUUGAGCAGGGGAGAGGGGAUCGCCCACCAUCAUCCGUGUCGCAUCAUUCAUCAUUCUUUGUCAAUGGCACAGAGAGAAAAAGGGAAUGAAUGGCAGUGCUGCAAGCGCGCCCUGGUCGCCCCUCGUCCUCCCCCUCCCCUAAACCAGCCCGCAGGGCUACUGCAUCUCUGCUCUUCCUCCUCAUACAUCACACUGCCUGGCAACAGCAUGCACCCAGUCCUGCGCUGCGCUGCGUUGCGUCGCAUUACUUUGUAUUGUUUUGGUGUUUUAUUGCUGCUGCUAGCUUCUCUUCUCUGUUCUGCCCUUCACU